AAGCUGAGUCCGAAGUGCCAUGUGGAGCAAAAACAGUGCUGGAAAAUAAAACGGAGAAUAAGUGAAACGAUGAGUCUUUUACCUCGAACGGCCGAGGAGUUCAGCUCUGCGGAGUACUGGGAGAGAUUCUUCAAGAAGCGCGGAGAGAAGGCGUUUGAAUGGUAUGGAGACUACAACAAACUGUGCGGCGUCCUGCAUAAAUACAUCAAAGUGCAAGACAAGGUGCUGGUGGUGGGUUGUGGCAACUCUGAGCUCAGUGAACAGCUGUAUGAUGUGGGCUACAAACAUCUGACUAACAUUGACAUAAGUGAGACCGUGGUGACCCACAUGAACCAGCGGAAUGCAGAGCGCAGGCCAGGUCUCAGCUUCCAUCAGGUGGAUGCCACCCAAACCCCAUAUGAGGAUGCCAGCUACCAGGCUGCUCUGGACAAGGGCACUCUGGAUGCCAUGGCUUCUGAAGAGGAGGGAGCUCUGGCCAGGAAGAUGCUCAGCGAGGUGAGCCGUGUGCUUAGUGUCGGGGGACGGUAUGUCUGUGUGACUCUGGCUCAAGAGAGUGUGAUUAAGUUGGCUGUGGAGCAAUUCGUUCAGCUUGGGUGGGCAGUAAGGCUCCACUGUCUUCAAGUAAAAAGGGGGACAGAAGAAGAAGAAGACUCCUUCGCUCUGCCUGUGUUCGUUCUUGUGUGCACCAAGUUCCGACAGCCCAUGCCCGCGCCCAUUCUUGAGAUGUGCGUUGGAGAUGAUGGAGUCCCCGUCAGGCACGUGCAAGUGUGCGAACUGUUGUCGGCUGUGAGAGAGCAUCAGGCGUAUGCUGUGUUGAGGAAGAGGCUCCGCACAAGCACAGACCCCAGUUCAAACCUCACACUCACUCUCUGCCAUGCCAAGACUGGCCUCCCUCGAUACACUCUCAUAGUGCAAGACUGUCCCCCAGCAGCCAAAGUGCCACGAUCGAACCAUUUUGCCAUAUUUAUCGUGCCUCGAGGGAGUGAGACAGCUUGGCUCUACAGCUCCAGUGAGGGCAGAAGGCAGCUGGCAGCCAGUGCUAACUUCCGUCGCCUGGUUAUUGUGGCGAUGCACAGAAACCAGGAGUACACGGAUAUGCAAGCAGUCCAGUCAGAGCUCUCGCCAGUGGUGAUGGACUUGGCUCCCCCGGGUAUGCCAGCCAAUCAGCAGGUUCCAUUUCUGUCAGUGGGAGGUGAUCUUGGUUGGCGGGAGGAGGUCAGCAGGGGUGUGAGUCCGCUCAGUGGAGAUUAUUGUGUGGAGAACGUCAGAGGAGAAGAUGGAGAAGUCUAUCGCAGACUUGUGUUCCUGUCUAACACUGCUCUUGUCCAAUCAGAGAGCCGACUUGUCUCAUUAAAUACAGCGUCAAGUCACAAGAAAAAGAACAAAAAGAAGGCCAAGGCAAUGGCCGUUCCUGUUUCAUCGUCAGUUUCUCUGUCUGUGGACAGUGGCUUCCUCUGCUGUGCUCACCACGAGGUCAUGGUGGCUGGCCUUGCUAUGCUUGGGGUGGGAAUGCCACAGAACAAAGAUGUCCCAGUGUCGGUGCUCCUGGUGGGGCUUGGUGGAGGAGCCUUGCCUCAGUUUUUGCGGGACUUUGUUCCCGGUGUAACCGUUGAAGCUGUGGAACUAGACCCUGUUGUGCUGGAAGUGGCAAAGGAAUGGUUUGGAUUCAGACCAGACAAUCGCUUGACCGUCACUGUUGGGGAUGGCCUGGACCGCAUCUGUGCCCUGGAGAAAGAAGGUGGCCAUUUGUUUGAUGCUGUUAUGUUCGACGUAGACAAUAAGGACAGCUCAUUAGGUAUGAGUUGUCCCCCUGCUGCCUUUGUGGAAACUCCCUUCCUGCAGAAAGUUUGUAACUUGCUGACUCCCCAAGGUCUAUUCAUUUUGAACCUUGUGUGCCGUGACCCAGCCCUGAGGAAGAAUGUCCUUGAGCGCCUGAGCAGUGUGUUUCCUACCGUGUUCUCGCGAAAGAUUGCCGAGGAGGUCAACGAAGUUCUCCUGUGCUCUCGUGGAGAAAAGGAUGCCGCCCACAUCCUUCCAUCCUUGAAGCAAGCAGCCACAAAUCUGCAGAGUGCACUGUGCUCUAACACGACUGAACCCAACCGCAAGCCACAUAUAGACAUUGCAGAGUUGUUAAAAGAACUUAAAGUGGAGUAAACUUUGUUUGGUGUUCAGCUGGAGGGGCUAGAUUUUUUUUUUUUUUUAAACUGUCUCUGAAGUGUGUGUGAAACCAUAUAGUGGAGAACAGGUGGUUUGGCUUUUCAAUCAAUGCAAUGUACAAACAAUUUAAAAUACACAAAAAU